UUUCGUCGGACGCUUUUAAGUAAAUCAUGUCAUAGCUAUUCCUUUUCUGAUCUAUUAAAUUACAAGAUUAUAAUUAUUUAAUCCAAGCAGUAAUCUUUGUUCAACACUAUGUAUCGAAUCACUACUCUUGUUGGACAUUCCUCUAGUCCUAAACCCAUCGGUCUACUUGCAUGGAUGAUGCGACUUGAAGGCAGAAAGCUUUACUUCAUGUAUUUGCUACUCAUUAGUGCAUCCAUUUACAUGUUGUACUUCGAUUUUUUGGCAGCCAAGACAAGCAAUGGAAUGGAAAGUUUUAUGCAAUUCUUUCGUCAUGCAAAUUUGGAUUCGCAAGUACUUUGGAUUGUGACUUUACGCUCAAAGCGAUGGCGAUAUAUCGAGUUGAUUGACUCAUUUGAAAAUCAAACGAGAUGCAAUCUGGGGAAUUCGAGAGUUCAUCGUCAUCUAACUAUAAUUCGUCGUCUUUUUUCGUGUUUAUUCGCCAUGACAUUCCUGAUUAUUCUGAUUUUCAUUUUGCAUAAGUCUAUUCAGAUUCUACACGAAUCAAAAGACUUUGUUUAUUUCGGGAGAAGCUUAGUUUUAGGUCUAUUCAGUGUACUCGCUAUUUGUACUUAUCCGUUGUACCUUCAAUUUCUUGUUGAAUCUUGUCUCCACAUUCAUGCAUGCUGGUUUACAGUUGAAGAGCACAUUCGUUUCCUUAAAAAUAUUGACAGUCGUGCUUUGACCAUCGAGGAGAUUCGAGAAGUGCGUUCAAUGUAUAGCAUUGCUGCUGUAAUAACCGAGAAAAUGGAUUCGUUUCAUAAAUAUCCAAUAGCGAGUUUCUUCGCCUUCUACAUAAUUUCAAGUUUUAUUUUCUUUGUCCAAGUUUGGAAUGAGUUCAGUUUAAUUGGAUUUAUACGCUUUGUACUGCGAAUCUCUAUCUUGUUGUUCGUCACCUGGAACAUGAUAUACAUUCAUCAUCUUUCCUACAAAAGUUUCGAUGAAGUUUAUUCACUUUCAUAUGGAAAGAAUCCAUUCCACGUCAAUAAUGAGAUUCAUCUAUUUCUCGAUCGUAUUGGACAAUCGAAUGUCGGCUUUUCAUUUCUCAAAAUUUCUUUGAUUACACCGACUUUUGUAACAUCACUUGCUUCUGCAACCCUAACAUUUGUAUUGUCAUUACCAUCAUUGAUUGAAGAAAGUAUUUAAUCUUCUUAUCGAGUCACUUCGAUUGAAGGUGAAAAAAGUUAUUAAUGUAGUCAAUUUAUUAAUAGAAACCUAUCACAACGACCCAGCACCAUCAAAAUUUAUCCCUGUAAUCAUAUAUUGCACAGUACAUUCAAACAACAAUGAUAAAUAUAAUUCCAAAAAACGAAAAAUUCUCUUUUGAUUUCGAUUUUUACAAAUUUUUGCGUUUCUUCUUUCGUGUUUGCCUAAUCCAUACAUCCAGUACAAUGUAAAAGUUAAAACAACAAAUUUUUAUCGCAAAAUUGAAACCAAACUAAAAGGAUUCUAAUGAAAAUUUUCAAACAGCCUAAUAGCUAUGAUUUAAAUACAUAACCUGAAGAGCUUCUAGGUGUAUAAAAACUGCAACCAUAAAAAAUUACUCUCGUCGAAGGUUUUUGACAAAAUAACUUUCUAAGUUCGAACUUUUACACCAUUUCGUUAGUUUGAGGACCGAGAUUUUAUAUUACUUUUUGUUUUUCCUAUUGACGAUAAUUUUUUUCAUCGGGAAUUUGAAUCUUUAAAUGUGGCUUGCAUUUAACAUAGUCACAAUUGUCAGUGAAAAGAAAAGUUCAGUCAUGUUCGUUCCAUUCUCUGUUAAUAUCUAAGAACACUUGCUUCAUUCGUCAUUAGAUCAUGCUGUUGCUUCUAUUGUUAUACUUUGUCUGGAAACUUUCAAAACUUUUUGUAACUCUGAAAGUUGAAUUAUAACAUUAGAUUGUAAGGAAAGUAAGGUCAGUUUACUUCCCUAGCUUGAACUUUUCAGUCUUUGGUUUACAAAAGCUGCCUUAAAGAGUAUUUUUAAAAUUAAAAUUGAAUGCGACAGAAACAGCGUGAAUCCAAAUAUAAAGUUUUUGUUAUCAAUUGAUUAGUGUUCAAAGUUUUCAUUUCUUAAAAUGAUUGAUUGAAAGUUCAGAAUUGCUCGAUUUUUUUCAUUGAUCUGUAAUUAAAAGUGAAUGCGCACUUAAACUAGCCAAUAUCUAGUUCGACUAAUGCGUUUUAAUUACGAUUCAUUUCAUCAAUAUUCGUUCACUAAUUUACAUAUUCUUACAAUUAUUUAAUAUUUGCUUCACAAUAUGCCUCGAAUUUGCAUUACUGAUCUAAAUGGCCAUUCUACAAGUUCUAGACCCAUCGGUGUUUUUGCAUGGAUGAUGCAACUUGAAGAUAAAAAGCUUCGCUUAAUACAUUUGCUACUAAUCUCUGCAGCUAUUUACUUGAUUUACACUGAUAUUAUGGAAGCCAAUACAAGCAGUAAGUUGCAAAAAAUUCAUCUAAUUUUUCGCUAUGGAAACUUGAUUUCAAAGAUACUUUGGAUUGUAACAUUACGGUCAAAGCGGUGGCAAUAUACAGAGUUGGUUGACUUAUUUGAAAACCAAACGCGAUGCAUUCUGGGCAAUGAGAGAGUUUAUCGUCACUCAACUAAAGUUCGUCGUAUUUUUGUGCCUUUAUGCAUCAUGUUUGUUGUGCAGACUAUCUUCAUUUCUGUUUUUUAUAGACCCAUCAUGAUUCUUUACGGUACGAACGAUUACUUUCAUUUCGGGAAAAGCUUAACUUUUGGUUUGUUAAGAGCAGUCUUUAUUUGCAUUUACCCGUUGUACACUCAAUUGAUUAUUGAGUGUUGUCUACACAUUCAUGCAUGUUGGCUAACUGUUGAUAAGCAAAUAUGUUUGCUUAAAAACAUUGACAGGCGUGCUUUGACCAUCGACAAAAUUCGAGAAGUGCGUUCAAUGUAUAGCAUUGCUGCUGUCAUUACCGAGAAAAUGGAUUCAUUCUUAAGAUUUCCAAUAGCGAUUUUUUUCGGCUUCUACAUCAUGGCAAAUUUCAUUUUCUUUGUCCAAUUUUGGACUGAGCUCAGUCUAAAUAAAUUGAUUCGCUUUGUAUGGCGAUGUACUGUCUUGGCAUUGGUCAUCUCGAAUAUGAUAUAUAUUCAUUAUCUUUCACACAAAAGUUUUGAUGGUGUUUAUGCCCUUUCAUAUGGAAAGCAUCCAUUACAAGUAAACAACGAGGUAAGUCUUUUAUCGAAUCAAGCAAUUUCUACCUUUCUUUCGUUUCUAUUUUUUCAUUACAGAUUCAUCUUUUUCUUGAUCGCAUUGGACAAUCGAAUGUCGGCUUUUCAUUUCUCAAAAUUUCUUUGAUUACACCGACUUUUGUAACAUCACUUGCCUCAGCAACCCUAACAUUUGUAUUGUCAUUACCAUCAUUGAUUGAAGAAAGUAUUUAAUCUCCUUAUCGAGUCACUUCGAUUGAAGAUAAAAAAAGUUAUUAAUGUUGUCAAUUUACAAACCUAUUCAAUGACCCGGCACCAUCAAAAUUUAUCUCUGUAAUCGUAUGUUGCACAUUAGAACAACAAUGAUGCACACAAUUUCAAAAAACAAAUAAAAAUCUCUUGCAACUCAAAUUUACAAUUUUUUCUGUUCUAAGUUGAUCUUGAUCCGUCAAACAAAAGCUGCUCUCUAUUGUGAUGUCUUGAAUAAGAGUCCUGCGACAUUAUAUGCACUAUUUCAGCAAAUCAUUAUAUUGAAAGGAUAUUUCAU